UCGAUGAUGUUGGGCAUGUGGUCCUUGCUCUUCCUCUGGGGUCUGGCGACUCCGUGCCAGGGGCUACUUGAGACGGUGGGCACGCUGGCUCGGAUUGACAAAGAUGAACUUGGCAAAGCCAUCCAGAACUCGCUGGUUGGAGGGCCCAUUCUGCAGAACGUGCUGGGCACAGUCACAUCUGUGAACCAGGGCCUCCUGGGCUCUGGGGGACUGCUCGGAGGAGGCGGCCUGCUGAGCUAUGGAGGGAUUUUUGGCGUUGUGGAGGAGCUUUCUGGGCUGAAGAUUGAGGAGCUCACACUGCCGAAGGUGUCGCUGAAGCUGCUGCCUGGGUUUGGGGUGCAGCUGAGCCUGCACACCAAGGUGGGCCUGCAUGGCUCUGGGCCCCUGGGGGGCCUCCUGCAGCUGGCCGCGGAGGUGAACGUGUCAUCGCGGGUGGCUCUGGGCGUGAGCUCUCGGGGCACGCCCACGCUCGUCCUCAAGCGCUGCAGCACGCUCCUGGGCCACAUCAGCCUGCUCUCGGGGCUGCUGCCCGCACCGCUCUUUGGGGUCGUGGAGCAGACCCUCUUCAAGGUGCUCCCGGGAUUGCUGUGCCCCAUGGUGGACAGUGUGCUGGGCGUGGUGAAUGAGCUCCUGGGGACUGCACUGAGCCUGGUGCCCAUUGGGGCUCUUGGGUCCGUGGAAUUUACUCUGGCCACGCUGCCUCUUAUCUCUAACCAGUACAUAGAGUUGGAUAUCAACCCCAUCGUGAAAAGCGUAGCCGGUGACAUCAUCGACUUCCCCAAGCCCCCGAAGCCCAUCAAGGUGCCCCCCAAGGAUGACCACACAUCUCAGGUGGUUGUGCCUCUGUACCUCUUCAACACUGUGUUUGGGCUUCUGCAGGCCAACGGUGCCCUCGACAUAGACAUCACCCCCGAGCUGGUUCCCAGCAACGUGCCAUUGACAACGACAGACCUGGCAGCUUUGGUCCCCGAGGCCCUGGGAAAGUUGCCCCCGGGCCAGCAGCUCCUGCUCUCGAUACGGGUGAAAGAGGCAGCCUCGGUCACUCUCCAGAACAAGAAGGCCACAGUGUCUAUCCCAGCUAACAUCCGUGUGCUGUCCUACCGCCCUAAAGGGACCCCUGAAGCCCUAUUCGAGCUGAAUGCGGUUUUGACUUUAAAUGCCCAGCUGGCCCCCUCGGCUACCAAGCUGCACCUCUCGCUGUCCCUGGAACGGCUUCAUGUCAAGCUGGCCUCCUCCUUUGCCCACGCCUUUGAUGCAUCCCAUUUAGAAGAAUGGCUCAGUGAUGUGGUCCGGGUGGCCUACGUGCCGAAGCUCAAUGUGGACCUGGAUGUUGGAAUUCCCCUGCCUAAGGUUCUCAAUGUCAAUUUUGCCACUGCAGCCCUGGAGAUCAUAGAGAACGCUGUUGUGCUGACCGUGGCAUCCUGAAGCUGAGAGACGGCCACCUUCCCUCCCCGUUCACUGCCAGAGUCUGUACACCUGCCCACUCUGCCUCAGUUUCCCUCCCAGCCUCUAGCCUGCGUCGGUGACAGUAUUAGUGUCCCUUACCCACCCAGGACCACCCAGGACCACCCAGGUGCUCUGGCCCUGCAGCUCUGCCCCCCGGCCUGGGGUGGGGACUACAGGGCUGGCCACAGGACUCCGCUUCGAAGAGAGCUCUGGCCUCAGGGGAGAGUUGUGAGCUUUCAAUAAACCACUCCUCUAUCUCA